AUGAAGAUCGCAAGAACGCUCGUCCAUCCCAUCCGGUCUUUGACUGCCGUUCCAUUCAGUGGAGUGAGACCUAGUCUGCGCAGGCAGAUCAGGGAUUUCAAUCGCAGUCACUGCCACUUUUCACGCAUCAAGCCGAUUGAACAAUCCCCCAACAGUGGGUUCGUUUCUUCGUCUCGACUUCCACGAAAGCGCAGGCAUUUAACACCUGAACGCUUCGAGAAGCAAUACGAGAGGCUCGACCAUCUCGUGCCCCUGGACAACAACCACUCGAAGUUCCUGAGCGACUUGGCCCAGCCUAGUUUGGCUCUAGAGAAGGACUUCGAUGCCAUACAGGAGGCCGAAGAAGCUCACCGUCCUUUCCACGAAGGCGGUGAUCAGCCUCAACUGGCCCUCGACGACACCAUGGACAUCGAUGACAAUGACAUCAUCAUGGCCGACGAUGAGGAGCUGGAGGACACAGAGAUGACUGACGCGUUGCAAUUGCCACGUCUAGUCUAUUGGCAAGGCGAAUGCCCACCACCAGAGUUUUUCUUUCCCUUUAUCUCCCCCCAGGCUGGAGCCGACAUCCUCCAGCAAGAGAACAAUCUCGACGACGACGUUUCGACCACGGCUUGCAGUCAGGGUAUUCCCCAGCCAUCCACGACACCAUCUGCGGCCAUCUCAGAGCCAGUGACAAAGGAUAAGUUGGUCGACUAUUUUGAGAACCUGGACUGCAACAUCGCGAAUGGCAUACUGCCACCAAAUAUUGCGGAGGCAGUAGACUCUGCGCCUGCUCCAGCGGCAACGGUGAGGGAUGAACAAGUCAGCGUUGAGCACGCCCAAUCUGGGAACGACGUGGUCCCAGAGGAAGACGAACCAGAGCCAGAGCCUGAACCGUUGCGUAGAAGCGUCGACCCGGCCUCUUUUGCCAGCAGCAAGUUGCUCCAGAAGCCUGACAGCACGAACCAAGUCUUGCCCCUAUACAAAGUGGAGCCAGCGGCCUCCACAAAGCCGAAAUCGGCGGAGCCGCAACUCAAGAGGAAGGUGGUGUCGCUGAAAUACGUCCCCAAAAGAUACCACAGCUUCCUAGAAGAGGCAAUGGACUUCUCGACCCAGCAAGAGAAACCGCCCCCCGAAUGGUGGAAGACCAUCGCGCUCACCGACAGCGAAAAGGAAAAAGGCUAUGAGACGUACGUAGUUCGAAGCUUCGAGCAGUAUGCUGCCUGGCCUCCCCACCUUCAGAUACAGCCACAAUUUCAUUGCCCUGAUCCGCGAAACCCAAAAGGAGAGUCCAACACUGCGGCAAGCUGCCAAUUGGGUCAGAAACGCAAUAAAGAGGAACGUAAGCGCUUCUCAGAGAUCCGAAAGAACCAUCCUAAUGUUUGGGAGGCAAUUAUUGGCACGAUGUUGCAAGAGGGCGUGGGGAUUGACAACAUGCUCCUUUGCCACGAAGGGCAAGAUGAGGAUGGCAACACCAUUGAUCUCCGGCCACAAGUGCUCGACAACCAAAAAUGGUGCGUGGAUAACUGGCGGCUUGACAACCUGAGCUGGCACAUAAUGCAGGACUCUCCACUGCCUCCUGACUGCUCUCGCCAGUUCCACAAGGCCCCAAAAGGCGACGAGCGAUUGUUUCAUGAGACAAUCGGAUAUCUGAAAAGUCACCCUGAGAUCUGCUACGUGUUCCGCAUCCUCGUCUCGGAGUGGCUCAAGGCGGAGGCGAACCAAGCGACCUUCCGUAGGAUUGCGCGCAAGGCGGGCUGGUGUCCAUAUGCCGAGCACCAGCUCCAACGCGAAUUCAUCGAGUGGGUGUUUGCAGACGCCGAUGCAACACCAGAUGAGAUUUUUGACCUCGUCGAGAGGCACUUCCCCACGCGGUACCCGCGAUUCUUUGCUGCAACCAUUGAAGAGGAGGGGAUUGACUAUCUUUGA